AUGGCUCGUGCCAGGGCUUUGUCGCUUGACGAUAGUUCCCUGCGGUAUUCAGACUCCUUAAUCAGUGACUUCCAAUUCAGCAGCGUCAAUUCCUGCCGCCGCUCCCUCUCUGAGCCAAGUCUUCGAAGUGCUCCGAUAGAUUAUGACUUCAAAUCCUCUCUCUCCGUUCAAGAUGCUGUAUCCCACACGUCGGAGUCGAUCAAUUUAUCUCAAAGCUUUCCGGAAACUCCAUCGCCGGUACUUAAACCCCUACCUGUCUUCGAACGAAGUCUCAGGACUCAACCUGCCAAGAAGGAUGAAGGACUUCGUGCAUUUUGUGAAAGGUUUACGACGAAACAGGUCAAUGUUGAGGGAAUUCGCAUGAGAGCGCGCGAACGUCGAAUGGAACUUCGAUAUAAACGUGAUGCGGUGGUGGAUCUAGAGAUGGAAUUUAUGAAAAAAUUGAACCAAUUACUUAUUGACGUCAGAAACAACACCAACACCGCAAACCCCGAUCCUACGCUACUAAAUACCUUUGAGCAAUAUCAGAAUGCCAGAAAUGAUUAUUCUUCUUUAGAGGAUGAAUACGACCGGCUGGAGGACCAGUUGGAUAAAGAAGAGUUUGAACUAGGAGGGGUUGUCAAUAAUCUCAAACAGGUAGUGGAUGGAGGCAUAACUAUGGGAGACCUCGUCGAUGAACCGACAACGGGCCUUGGUGCAGCUGUGCCAAAAGUGAACCAUCCUCUGGUCGCCCAGUACUUUAUUCGGACUGGAGAUGUAGCCUUAUUGAACGAAGAACUUUGGAAUCUUCGCGCUGAAUAUGGCAUGGUGCUGGAAGAUCAAGAUUUUAAACACAAGUACGGGAUGUCUGUGGUGGACUAUAAUGCUCUGGACUUGUUGGCAAAUUUUGAACAAUAUGUGAAGGAAAUACUCGAUGACCUUGCUACAGCAGAGAAUGACGUUCAACUAUUGAAAUCUCAGUGCGACGAGCAGGGCUUACUUGAAGAUUCUCGAGAGUCGUCAAAGCCUCGUGCAAGCCUACUUGAAACAAUAAAGGAUCCUCCUCACAUGAAAUGGGACGAAAAAAGCCCUUCAUUUUUUGAAGAAAAUCGGGCCAGAGAAACAUUUGUCCGUGACAAAAUUAGCAUGACAGACUACAUCGAUAAGUGGCUUCUUCAUCAACUUUUUCAUUCGACGCUUGACCGGCUAAGAACAACCCCAGAAUUAAAGGAGUUUCCCUACCUCAGACCGGGGGAUUGGGAUACUAGUAACCGAGUAAAUAUUACACCAACUGGCCCCUCUGGAGUGCCUAGUUCCCAUCUCUACAUGGCUACAUCGACAAAUGAUAUAGGGAAAGUCAUGAGCGGCCUUUCACCGGACAAUCUCGAUUCUUGCCUCCAAACUCCAAAACUUGAGCCAAUCAAUCCUAUCCUGACAGAACCCUGUGGUAUCUCGUCUUUCCAACCCUCUAAACAACCUUCGAUAGAUGAUUCGGCAAAAUUCGAUCGGUGGUUCCGAGACAAUAUUGACUGUUGA